UGAUGAUGGCUUUUUUGGGCCUGCUCUUCCUCCUGGAUUUAAAAAACAGGAUGAUUCUCCAGAGAGAUCACCAUACGACUGCUCCUAGCACAUACUGAGAAAGCAGAUUGAGCAGAGCUGUUUUGCACCCAGCCUGAUUCCCCGAAUAGGUGGGAAAGGUGUGAUGUGUGGGAAGAUCCUUGUCUGCCUUCCACCCCCGUACACCUGGCAGUCUGGUUGUGCUGACACGCGGGCGCCUGAGCUGCGCAGGGUGUAGACACAAUGCUUCUUAGCUGUCUCCCCACUGUGUUGCCCCGAGUGUUGAGCAGAUUGCCAGCUGAUGAUCAUAGCUGUGAAUAAUUGAAACAAACGCAGGCUGUUUGUUUCAAUGUAUGGACAUACUGUUUAUUAGCUCUGUGUGACAUACUCGUUCUUUUAGAAGAGCUUUUGUUCUGUUACAUCUUUUCCAGACUUGUCAAAGCAACGUAUUCAUGAUUAGGAGCAGCUCAUGUGGUAGUUUGCAGCUUGUUAAAAAUUGUUUGAAUCAUUCCAGCAUAAAAUUUAUAUACGAACAGAUUUCUUUCAACUUUGGAAAGGAUAUUGCUGUUUAUCAAUGUUAGACAGAAGUGCAGCAUAGAUAAAUAUCCCCGAAGUAUUCUUACAUCAAGGUAAAGAGCGAAGGUUAUUUUUAAAAAUUUUGUGUUAUACAUCAGGACAACAAUGAAAUGCCCUUCUUGAAACAUGCAUUAGCAGGUACUGCUGACUCUAACAGGAAAACGUUCUUUGCCGUAUAUGUAAUCCAGUAUUCCUUAAAUGAGAGCUUAAUUCAUGAUUAGUUUGGGGUGUUUCUUUUUGAACAUAUAUCAGUAGUUACUGAAGUUGCCAACAGCAGCAAAAUAUGUUUAACAGAGUUUUAUUUAGAGUCACUUCACCUGUUCAGAAGGCCUUUGGACAUUCAGGAAACGAUCAAGAAUCCUGCUGGCUGUGUGCUGCUGAGGAAAAGACCUGAGCAACAGGGUUAUUCAUGUGGGGGGUAAAAAAAAAAAAAAAAAAGGCGUAGAAAUGGAAGGCGUGGGAGGGAUGAAUAUAGGAACCAUUUUUCUAUUCUUUGGAAGAGCCUUUGAGCUGUGACAGAAGCAAGACAGAGUAUUCGAGAUCUGCUCUUUUUCACAAGUUGCACAGAUACAGCCCACAGCAUAGAUGUUCUUAUGUAUUUUAGUAGAAAGCUUUUUUUUUAUAGCUUGGUGUAACUGUCUCUCUAUGCAAAAUAAAGGCAUUUGUAUACUAAAACAAAAGAUUAUUUUGGCCAUAUUUGUAUAGGUUUAAAUUCAAUCUCUUUAUAUUGGGAAUUUAAAAUACGGUUUUAACAGGAAAGCAGUCAGAAAGAAACAGAGGAAAAUAAAAGCUGUUCCCUUUUUGCAGCAGCUAGGUGGGAGUGGAACUUCAAAUUUAACCUAGACCUAUUGCCUGGGUUUGAAACCUCGCCAGUGCCCUUGCCCUGGCCUGAGCUCACAUUUAUUGCUUGCCUGUCUAUCUGUGGUUGGCUCUAUGGCAGGACUUUCUGCUUUUUAUUUCCCCUCUUCAAAUCCUGACAAUAAUAUCACUACAGCAGGGCUGUACUGAUUAGAUUAUACGGGAUUUAGUAGAAGACCAUAAUUAGCAUAAUUCAAUUCAUGUUGUGUUACACUUGAUUGUCCUAAAGCUCAGAAACUGAAGAUCAUCAUAAGCAAAGUCUCUGCUGAUAUAUUGUGAGGAUACUGUCACUUGGAUAUUUCUUCAGGUGAUAAUUGUUUGGGUUUUUAAUUAGCUUUUAUUAGCUUUAAAAAAUAUGAUGGUGGAUUUUUAAGAGGAACUUGUAUAUAAAAGUCUUGUCAGUACUGCAAGCCCAGUUUGUAGUAUGAAAAGAGAUUCUCACCUCUCUGUGUUUCUGGAGACAACUGAAUUAUACUGCUUGCAGAGCUGCUGUGUAAAAACAAAUCAGUGAAGUUACCUGGGAUCACAAAAAUUUUCCUCCCACUCCAAGGGAAAAUAAACUUAAAAUCAGCGCAGUUCACUGUUUCUGUUUAUUGAAGGACAGUGAAACUGUGCUACAAGGCAAGAAUUAAUAAAAUUGGCUUUGUUGCUAGAGAAAGAGUAGCAUAUAUUUGACCUCCCACCUUUCGUUGCUCUUUAAUCUGGUGAAGGAAGCUAGGGAAGAAAAAAGUGAAUUUCCUUGACUACGUGCUACAACUUUCCCAGUUUUCUUGCAUCCCAGCCAUCUGCAGAGGUCCUCCUGGAAAACAGAGAAACAGUCCUCCUGGAAGAUGGAAGAACUCUUCUUAUUUAGUUAUUUCUAUGAUGUGUGCAUAGGGGUCACACUUGGCAUGUGGAGGAAGGAGAAUCAUACUUCACAUAAGCCCAUUAUAGGUCCUGCAUUACCACCUGGCUUUAGGAAACCUUUGCAGGACACCAAGAAUAGCAGAUGUUCCAUAGGACCAUCUGUUUCAUCAGAACUCCGUACCCAGGUAACAGAUAGUAGUGAGGAAGAAGACAAUCUUAUAGGCCCAAUGCCUGCAAAAGGACCAGUGGAGUCUGAUGUGACUAAAGAAUUCGAACGCAGAGCUCAGAGAAUGAAGGAAAAACUUACUUCAGCAGACAGCGAUGAACCCAAGCAAGUUACCAGGGAAUCGUGGAUGACAGAGCUUCCACCUGAAUUGAAAAGCUUUGGAUUUGGCCCAAGAACUUUCAAGAGAAGAGCUGAUGACAAAUCAGGUGAUAGAUCUAUUUGGACAGAUACUCCAGCUGACAGAGAGAGAAAAGCCAAGGAAAGAGAAGAGGCAAAAAAGUCAACCAGUAAGGAUAAUGAAGAAAUUGUAUUAUCAGGGAGAGACAAGAGACUUGUUGAGCAGGUGACUUCAUACAAUGAGUCAAAGAGGUCAGAAUCUCUCAUGGACAUACAUCAGAGAAAGCUAAAGAGCAAAGCAUCUGAGGAAAAGACCAAACCUCAAGAAAGAAGGCCAUUUGACCGAGACCAGGAUCUCAAAGUCAAUAGAUUUGACGAAGCACAAAAGAAAGCUCUUAUAAGAAAAUCCAGAGAUCUGAAUACUAAAUUUGAGCACAGUAAAGGCAAUAUGUUUUUAUAACAUAAAAGCAUGAAGCUUUUUUGAAGUGAAGUCAAUUAAACUUUGAACACUUAAUUUUUUAAGUAUUUUUCUGUAAAUAUUUGUAUGCAAAAUAAAUAUCCUGAUGUUUAACUAUUUUCCCUUGUCUGUAAAUACUCUGUUAGGGAGGAUCAUGUGUACUAAAACUAAGCUGGUAAAGGGAAGUCCUGGUAUGAAAAAUCAUAAUGUAAAUUUACUACUUUAAAACGUUGAUUUUGUUGUUGUUAGCAUAAAAAUAAUUAAUUAAAAUAACUAUUAUUUUAAGGAGCUCUAGAUUUGAUCUUGCAAUGGAGUUGGCAGUUUCCCGCCUUUCUUGUGCCAUGCUUAGGAUAUUCUUGCUGAGCCUGACCUGAAGGCAAUGGUAAAAUCCUCUUUAGGCUUGUGGGCAAGACAUUGCUUGGCUGAAGUUCCUGCUGGGGUGUAUGAACUCAAAUGGUAGCUUUUAUGUCUGCCCAGUGCUUUUACUUCUAUGGUUCUGUGUCUGUACAUAAAUUCUGGUUUAUAUGUAUGCAGUAUAAUUUCUGUACUAUAGCAGGAAGAGCUAGUGGUAGCAGAAGUGAUAAAAACUCAAGAUUUGCAGAUUUAAUUAUAAAAUGGUAGUAUAUAAGAAGAGAAAAUUUAAUUUGAGUUUCAAUUUGUAGGGCCUAUCAUGAGAAAAUCCAUGGGGGUUUUUUUAAGCAAAUUUAAUAUGAAAAUCAAACCAAAAUAAAGCUUGUUUUGUCAGUUAAUUUGCAGAGCAGGACAGCUCUUCGGUAUCAAAAAGGAAAUAAAUCUGACAUUUAAAAAAUCUACAUCCAUGCUUAGCAUUCUUUGGCUCUUCAGUGUGUGUGCAGAGCAGCUGGAAGGGAGAGUUGUGUUACUUAUUUAAAAUUGGACUUGUACUUUCAUUCUUUCUCUUGAAUAAUGUUUGGGUUCUUUUUUGAGGAGUUACUGAAAGUAUCUAUAUAUGAAAAUAAUUUUAUAUAUGAGACGCUGGCAGCUUCUUUGGAAGUGUGAGACAUUUUGUGUAUUAAAUACCAUGGGGUUUGCUGGAAUUUGAAAAAAAAACUUCAGUCAUAGACAGUGUCUGGGUUGGUUCGUGCCAAUGGAGCAGGGACCCAACAAGCCUGAUAAAUGAAUGGCUACAAAAGUUUGGUCUUACUUUAUUGUACGUGUGUGUGAGCCCAAGGCACAGCUUCCAUGUCAUGAGAAGUCUUGGAGAAUUUUCAGUGUCGCAAAGGAGUGCUUAUGUACAAUAUAUUUGGAUACUGCGCUUUUUUCAAUAGAUCAUUUAUUUUGCCAUCUGAAAAAUCUGGUACCUUCAGGAGGAAGAGGAACUGGCUUUGUAUUACGUUUGGUUUUUUAAUUUAAUCAGUUUGGGGUUUGAGCCUUUUCAUUUUGAGGCGAGAGGAGGGUUUAAACAAGGGUCGUUUGGUUUUCCUCCGUUAGGAAUUCUCCUAGUGCCUUGUCCUAAUUUGCCUCGGCAAGCCAGGCCCUGCUAGGUUUCUACCUUCCGAGUUGUCUCGUUCCCCGUUUUGGGGAGCUCCUCUGCAGCUGUGGGGGGUUAAAUAACAUCUCUCUAGCAAUUCAGCAAAUGUAGAUUUCUUAAUUGAAAAGGCAGUAUUAAGAAAGUUGGGUGUUUUUUUAGCCAACUGAAGCAAUGGCAGGGUGAGCCUUACGUGACUAGCUAAAUCUUCGCGGUUGACCGUGACCCUCAUGCCCACCUUGGGAAGCCCCUGCUGCCUCGAGGAAUCGGUUUAUUAUCGGGGGUUGCCUUGUGCUGACAGAGCUGAUCUCAGGAGCGCGUCGCGCAGGCUUCACUCCCUCAGACAGCUCUGUGGCGGGGCCGAGGGCCGCUCGUACUCAGAUUUUUUUUUUUGCUGUUGUUGCCGUGUGGUUCGAUCUCAUUUUUGUCCUCCGGCCCCCCCUCCUCCUCCGAACUGAGGACCGAUCACCCGGUGUCGCGGGCGGCCAGGGCUUGCCAUCCGGCUGUUUGCUCCCUGCCUUCCCCCGGCCCCAUCGCGGCCUCCUGCCCUCUCCAAGGACCCGUUUGAGCGGGAGUUUCGGGGGGGGGGGGAGCCCUUGUGAGGGAGCCCGGGCAGCCUUUUCGCAGUCGUGCGGCUCCACGUUUCACCACGGUGCGUGGGGCGUGCGGUUGGUAUUAGUCUAAGCCUUGAUGCGAGUUGGGAAUAUGUUUUCUCUCAUCUCCUUAAUCUUUUUUUUUUUUUUUUCCCCCUCCGAAGCAGCCUCUCAAAGGCUCAGUGAAAUCCGGGUUACGAACUCGAGAUAGGGAGAAAGCGGAAUUGUCGAGAGUUCACAUUAAGCUUUUCAUUACUUUGUGUAAAUCGAGUGAACUUUUGAAUUGCAUUAAUACACAAACUAAUCUCCUCUUACCGAUGCCAAACCGUUCCCUCCAACAGUCAUUAGAACAAGCAGUAGCUCAGUAAAUUACCCGCCCUGUGAGCUUCUGUGGGAAAAGAUGAGCCGUCCUCUACAAUUUGGACAAGGGCUAAAGCAUGUCUGCAAAAAUGUUAGUGGGUGAUUUUUCAGCAUCUCAUUUUAAAAAAUAGAUUUUAUUUCACAAAAAAAUCCUCAACAUAAUUACUGUAUAAUGUGUCUUGUAACCAGCUCCCGACACAGAUUUAAUGGAUUCUAUUGCUAUCCCGCGCUGCCAGCCUGCGUCGCAGCGUAUUGACUCCAGGCAUAUCAGAAAAAUGUUUUGUAAAAAAAGAGUCAGGGAGGUUUUCCUGGAUGUGAAAAGCCUAUCAGCUUAGAUUUUUAAAGCUCUUGCCUUUGUUUUGUGCUGGCAUAGACAUCCUUUAUUAAUAAUGAUGCUAAAAAUUUCUGCUCAAGAGCAGGUUCCCCUCCUUCUGAGAUGUCAAAUAGGUGUGGAAUUCAUAGUGAAGUCAAUAAAAAGAAGACUUUUGCGGUAGGCAUAUGAUAAAUUGGAUGUUUAAGGGGAAUUUUAAGGAAUAUUGUAUGUUAAUAGCAAAAAAAUAAAAAAAACCCUGUUGAAUCUGCUGCUACCAAUUGAUAGCAAUAAAGUCAUUUCAAGAAAACUUACCAAUUUCUUUGUACGUAUCUUUGGGACAAAAUAUUGAGCUACCAUGAUGUUGGAUCUAAAAAAUUUUUUAGAAUAUUGUAUAGCAAUACUGUCACCUGAGGAAAAUCUCUGUUCUUCUGAUUUAAAUGCCUAUUACAGAGAGCUAUUGUUUGCUUCUGCUGUUGCAGUCAGGAGAUGCACCAUGCAUGUUGGCUUUUCUGGAUGAAGUACAUUUCCCAAAUAAUAAACAGCAAUAGAAAUGCAUUUUAUUUAGGGCUUUGGUGGUGUCAUGUUGGUAGCACAGAAGUGGCACUGUUGAAAUGGCUUUCUUAAAAGAAACAUUGAGAUGAAACAUUGAUACGUUUCUGUCCAGUAGGAAAGAUUAUUUUUCUGCAUAAAAUAAGUUUCAAAAUGCUCCACAGGGCUCCAGGGAUAUUCAUGCUUGGGGACUUGUUUUGUUUCUGAAACGUAAACUUUGAUAUUUCUGUCCAGCCAAUUAUAAAUUGUAUGUUGAUUUAAGAGUAAUACAGCAUUAAAAAUCAGAAUCUCUGAAAACUU